ACUAGCGCACACACACACCACCCCUUUUUCAUGAUCAUAUCAUCAUAGCCAACAAAAAAUUCCUAUUUGAGUUCUAAAAAAAAAUCCUUCCACCAAACUACAAAGAAGAAAAAACGCUUUUUUCCAACAACUCUGUUUUGUUAAAAAAUGCUCUUUAUUCGAAACCGUGUGCCGCCACCACCCUUAACACUUUCAAUAGGGUGAAAUUGGAAUAAUAAUUUUCAAUAUUGUUCUAAAGUAAAAAUUUCAUUCUAAUCUAAACAAUCACCAUCGAGUCUAGAAAAAAAAUUCCUUUUACACCACCAUCAUCAACAUCAUCCAAACAACACAACACAGUACACCACAGCACAAAAAACUAUACGAAAAGAGACUUAAACCAAAAACCCAAAACCAAGUAUAGUGGUGCAACAACCAACCCUUAGGGAAGGAUUUUUCUACUCUGUACCUACCCCACCAUAGAACACACAGGAUAACAACAGAGAAAAACACUGUGACGUAUUGGGAAAAAGGGUGACUAAUAUGUCAUUAACAAUACCCAAGACCAAGAGAUUCCUGCGAGUUGCGAUUGCGAGUGGUGGUGGUGGAGUGAAUGACUAUGACGAUGACGCUCACGAUACUAUAUGUGUUAGAGAGUUCUGUGUAGUAUAGAGUACUUACACUAGACGACGACGACUCAAUAAAAGGGGAUGUUUUAGAGUCAGGAGUUUUAUCCAUCUCCCAUAAAUGCAGGACAUACAGAUAUUGAGUUAGUCAUUCAUUGCAGAGUCGUGGUCCUGGAACGUUGGCUCUUAAAAAAGACCUCUUGUAAUUUGUUAAUAAUUUUGUUCCUAAAAAUUUAAAAAGAAACAAAAUAGAAAAAAGUUUUGUUGGUGUUUUGUAAUUUGUUUCGUUUUUUUGUUUACCUUUUUUUGUUUAUUAAAAAAAAAGUGCUAAGUUUUUGUAAAAGUGUAUAAUGUAACAAUGGCAACACUAUCUCAACAAUCACAUCAUCAUCAUCAUCAUCAUCACAGCAUCACUAGUGGACUAGGUCUACUAACUACUGUUGCCCAAUUACCACCAAAAUACCGAAGUCGCUACCUCAAUCUCAAGACCAAAUUUGAGAUUCCUUUGGAUUUGUCAGUGAAACCUUUUUCCCCAAAUGACCAAAUAACAACAACUACAACCAGCACCAACAACGACACUGCUCCCAACAACGAUUGUAAACAAGAAAAUAAUGAACAACCACCCAUCACGCCUCCACCAUCACCACAACGGAAACGAAAGUUCUCUCAAGCAUCCGAUGAUAACCCUGCUAAAAUGAUGAAGACCGAAGUUCAUUUGACCAUCAAACGUGAUGUCACCCCUUCGAAACCGAUUAAAUGUGAAUCGGCACCAAAAACCGCAAAAGCCCAUCCCCCAGCCGGUAAACCGAGUCGCAAUAAAGCAACAAGGAAGCUCAAAUUCGACGAGGACACUAGUUCGCCAGUUUCCGGGACAGUAAUUCGACCCUUGGAAGAGAUAAACGAGGGGACACUCCAAUAUAGCAACGGUGACAUCGACCCCAAGUACAACAUUGUCGAAAUCACCGAGGAGACCAAAGCCGAGUUGGCAGCCAUUCCCAAUGUCAUAGGCGAUUAUGUGUGCCGACUUUGUCGAAUUAAAUUCGAUGAUGCUUUUGGCUUGGCCCAACACCGAUGUUCGUGUAUAGUUUUGUUAGAAUACCGAUGUCCAGAGUGUGGAAAACAGUUUAACUGUCCGGCAAAUCUGGCUUCCCAUCGUAGAUGGCACAAGCCGAAGAAAUCUGCCGCUGAUACCAAAAAGGAGAAUCAAGGUCAAGCUGAGAAUCAAGCUUCCCAAUUUAACUGCGACGAAUGUGGUAAGAAUUUCAAACGUGCUGCCUACCUGAGGAAGCACAAAUUGACCCAUAGAAAACAAGCUGCCAUAAGUGAUAAGAUACCCGUGCUAAGAAUUAAAGAGGAAUCUUCAAGUGGAAGUGUAAUGUCUGGUGGGCAGGGAGGUCAUAGUGUUCAUUCGAAUGAAGACGAAGGCAUUUACACCAAUGAUUAUGAUGAUAUGAAUUCUAUGGACUCGGAUUGUAGUUCAAAUUCGGGUGGUGGAAGACUUCAAAUUGUCGAACAUAAUCAUCUUACCGAAGAGGAGAAUAUAGCUGCGACAGCCCUAACGAAUUUGAGAAAUUGUACCUCAGUGAUACAGCACACGACAGUAGUGGUGGGUAUGGCUCAUUAAAAAUGAAGAAAUACAAAAGAAUAUACAUAAGGGAUGCACUAGAGAGGAGGAUUUAGGAGGAUGGAGAAGAGGUGUGCGAGAAGGCAAUCAAUCAAGUGCAAGUGAAUUAAAAUUAAAUGGUUACAUUACAAGGGUAAGUUUUAUGUAUGUUAGGUUAC